CUUAAUUAUUUGGAAUCUAUUCCAAUUAUCUUAUUAAGCUGGAAGGUUAAAUUAAAUAAAGGUCUUUUGACUGUCGUUUGUGCUGUUGAUAUUCCUAUUGUAAUAAUUAGACCUAUAAAACAUAUUAGUUCUUGUUUUCCUAAAAAGAAGUUAAUAAAUUAUUUUUUUCGGUAAAACUUCACUUUUUAAACAAAAAAUAUCAAAUUUUACUCUAAUUGAAUAUCAGGAUCAUAUCACCUUAUAUUUUAAAUCAUUAUAAACUUUUUAUUGAUGAUAAGCUUUUACCUAAUGUUAAAUGUCAAUUAAACAUACAGGGCUAAUAGAAUUGUUUAUCCAGAAGUUCCUUUUACAAAUAAGUAAUCUCGAUAUUCUAAGUUGAAAGAAAAGAGACCGCCAAACAAUAUUUUAAAUAUGUUAAAUAACUAUAGAUAGUAGAUAGAAUAGAUAAUUGUUCUCAUAUAUUAUGUCUCUAUUGAUUUUAUCAAAGCAUAAUUUUAUGCUAUAAUGAUUAUUUUUAUUAAUAUUGUAUGUUAAAUGAAGCAAGCAUUUUCUGGAAUUCAGACAAUUAAUCAGACAUUUUUAGACCAGAAAAUUCUUACUUAGAGUUGAGUCUCAUUAUUUCAGAUAAUUAUAUACCUAUUCUUCCAAGAGCAAUUAAGGAAGGUAAUGUGCUUUGUUUGAUUUUAUGCUUUUAUUAUCUGAUAAAGCUUUUUGUUACUCUUUCUUAAUAUUAAGAAAUAGAGGAACCACUUUUUAGCAUACUCAUUUUAAUAAUGGGUUUGCAUGACGUUAUUAACAUUCUUCAUUAUCUAAUUAUAGGGUAAAGAUUUCAAUAUUGAUUAGUAUUUUAACAUAAUAUAUUGGAAGUAUUGAUGUGUAAAAUUUUCAUAGAUAACUCAAUUUGUUAUCUUUGAAUUCAUCAAUUACCUAAAUCAUUAUUCAAGAAUUUAUUAGCUAUUAUCGUCCUGUAAAUGGACUUCUUAUCAUAGAUAUUAUUGAACAAAAAUCUUUUUGUUUUAAUUGUACUAUCAUUAAGUUGUUGCACUAUUUCAUUUCAGUUUACACUUUAAUUAUUAUGCUUUUUAUUACUACUGAGACUCCAAUCCUUAUUUAAAUUUAUAUUAUACUCUUAAUUAUUUAUUGGUUUAUUCCAAUUCUAAUGUGUUUUGUUUGGCCAUUUGUGAUGCUAUGGUUCAUAGUAUUAAGAUAAGAAUUGUAUUAUUAAUAAAAUAGGAAUAUAAUAAUUAGAUUCUAUGAUCAAUUAUAAAAUAUUAAAUUUAGAAAAUUAAAAGAGUAACGUCCAUCAAUGCAAUAAAAUGAUUGGUAUAAUUAAAAUAAGAUUUUUAAGUCCUAUUUGUUAUGAAUAAAUCAAUGAAUCUCACAGCGUAAUUUAAUUGCCUUGCCAUAAAGAACACUAUUUUCAUGCUGAUUGUUGUAGAUAAUGGCUUGGAAGAGAUCCUCGCUGUCCAUUAUGUCGAUAUGGAUUGGAACAGCCUAAAGAAGUGGCAUUACUUGAAUUCAUUUGA